UGAUAGCUUUCGAAUGGUAUUCUAGUAACCUUAUUUGUUAUUUUCCAACUUGAAGAUCUAUGGUUAUCAAGGGGUGGUCAAUGAAGACUAUAAUAUAGUCAACACACCAGCACCAAAUGAUAUGCAAGCGCCUACUCCUGCUCCCGUCCUUCAGAAUGAUGAUGUUGAUGAUGAUGAUGAGCCCUUGAACGAAAAUGAUGACGACGAUUUUGAUGAUGUGGACCAAGGGGAGGAUCUAAACACAGCGCAUCUAGUUUUGGCUCAAUUUGACAAGGUGACACGUACAAAGAGCAGGUGGAAAUGCACCCUUAAGGAUGGCAUAAUGCACAUAAAUAAUAAAGACAUUCUUUUCAAUAAGGCAACUGGAGAGUUUGACUUCUGAGGCAGUUGAAGGAAAACCAAGUUUGGCAGUAAAGGAGCUCAAAUUGAAGAACCAAUCAAGCUGAUUACUUAUUUUGUUGUUGGCAUUUUAGUGAAAGUUAAAACUCGAGGAGACUAAGUUGCUUAAUGCUCAUUGCUAGAGAAGUUUUUUGGUUGGCCGAGUGUAUAUAUAUAGUAAAAGAGCUGCUGCUUGGCCAUAUGGAUUACUUGUUGAGCUUUUGAACUUGAUCUGAGAGGAAUGUAUAAUUUUCCUGUGUUGUACGUACGCCUUUGGAACAUUUUGGCUUAAUUUAAUACAGUGGUAUCUCUCUCUCUUGUCUGUUAUUUUA